AUGGCUGCCACGACACCAAUAUCCAGUGCAUCCCAUUUCAUCCAGGCAGACGACGACGACGACAUUGAAGAAGACGCCAUCCCGUCCAUGAUCUACCCAGGCGGCGGAGCACCUGUCACGCCCCUGUCUGCUUCAACUCCAAACGCAGGAAAUCCCUUAUCAUCCGCAAAGGGAAAGGCACGCGCUGCUCCCUCGCCCCUAAACCCAGCCGUCUCCGGAAACAUUGGCUCCUCGUCAGCUUCACAAGCCGCCAACGGUGUCAAUCCAAAUCGUAGGUGGCUUGGAAAUGUCCAGAUCGAGACCCGGUACACCGGCGUAGAUACGCUCGACGAACCUGUUACCGCGACUUUGGCAAGUAUUCUACUCUUUGUCCUGUAUGCGAUUGACAUUGUCCUCUAUCCGCGUAGAUCCGGCGAGGCGCGCCAAGUCCUCAGGGACUAUGACCUAUGGGGUCCGCUCAUGCUCUGUCUCGGACUCGCCGUCAUGCUCAGUAUCAACGCCCCGCCCAACCAGUCUCUCCCAAUCUUUUCCUCUGUUGUGGUUCUCAUCUCGCUUGGGAGUGUCAUUGUCACCCUUCAAACGCAACUCCUCGGAGGUCGGGUGUCAUUUCUACAAGCCAUAUGCGUCAUCGGCUAUUGCAUUGCACCGCUCGACAUUGCCGCCCUCGUCGCAUUCUUCUUCAAAUUAAUCUACAUCCGCGUCCCGGUCUGCCUCUUGUGCUGGGCGUGGUGUGUAUGGGCCGCUGUCAACUUUUUCGACGGUACAAAAAUUGAGACGAAUCGGAUCCUUCUCGCCGUGUAUCCAUUGCUGUUGUUUUACUUUAUUCUCGCUUGGAUGAUCCUCAUUCAAUGA